AUGAGAUUUGAGCUCCAAAAAAUGGACAGUGAGGAGCUCCAGGGAGAAGUUCUGCUGUGGGUAAGGAAGGGAUCGGGGGAGCAGAGCCAGCUGAGCACUGCUCAGACGCAGGAUCAGAACUGUGGUAGCGUCACAUUUGGAACACUGCUCAGUCAUCAAAAACGACGCCGUUUGCAGCAAAGUGGAUGGGCCGAGAGAAACGCCGGCCGCCACGGCGACGCCUCCCAAACCCCGGCCGCAGAGGAGGGCGGGGAGCGCGCGCGGCGGGAGGCGGCUGCGGCAGGGGAGGCGGGAGCGAGGGCUCCCACUCCGGCCUCGGGGCCCGUCGCCCGCCCGCCCGCCGCGCUCCGGGCGUCUCUUCUGCCUCCUACGCGCCGCGGACACCCCAGCCUCCCGGCUGCCUGGUCCGGGGAGCUCUCCGCGCCUGUCCGUGAAGAGCAAGAACGAGUUGGGGCGCCCCGGGGCGCGAUUCGUGGCGGAGACGCUGGGACCAGAUCGGAGGAUGAGCGGCGGAAGGCGGCGCAGAAACUGACGCGAGUUGGGGCCACGGUUCCCGGCCGCCGGCGCCACGAGCCAGACCGCGGAGACGCCCUAGCCGAGUGCACGCGCCGGGCGGAGCGCGCGCAGGUGGGGCUGAGCUCUCCGCCGUGCGCUCCGCUCCCGGCCCUCGCCGGCCGGAGGAUGGGCGCCGGCGCCCAGGGUCCGUGCCCGCCGCUGCUGCCCCUGAGCCCGCCUCGAGCCCCGCGUCCGGCCGGCGCCCUGCGCUCAUGGACGGCGGCUCCCGGCUGGCGGCGGCGCGCCCCUGGGCUGUGA